AUGAAGGUUAUCCUUUGCCUUGUUUCUACAUUUCUUUUCUUGGCGGCUGUUAUUGCACAAACCGUUCACAUAAGAUAUCCAGUAGCUGGGACCAGAAUACGCAUCGGAAGAUCAUUCACUGCCCAGAUAGUUAAACCAAAUGCUGUAGUCGGGUGUACAGAAGUUGCCAUUGUCCUUGCUAUCGCCUCUUGCAAUAAUGGCGUAUGCCCGCAACCGGCCAAUCAUCUGGGGACUGUUCUCUACAAUGGUCCGUUCAACCCAGAGCUCCAUGAAAUACCUGGUAAUCCUUAUCAAAAUUUUACGAUGAAAGUUCCUCAAAAUCUGUCACCGGGCCCAGCCAUCUUCACCUUCACGCAUUUGUGUCUACGGGGGGCUGGACCAAGUCCCUUGCUUGAAUAUGGUGAACAGUCUAUUACUACUAUCGCUUGA